AUGGAGAACGAGGACGGAGGCGGACGCGAAAACCGCCGCAAAAGCUUACGACAAUCAAAAAAUUCCGGCGUCGUUGUAGGGGGAAGCGUAUCUCCCCGUAGGAACUCCCGCAAUAGAACCACGUCGCCGGAGGAUGAAGCGACUGGGAUGGCUAAGCGUUUGUCUAAACAACCCGCGACUGAGAAAGACGGGUGCGACGAAAUUGCAAAGCGUUUGCCGGAGAGGCUUUUUGCGACCGAUCGAUUCCCGAGCGAGAGGGUUAAUAUGUACUCGACUGUCGAUUUUCUGUUGUGGGUUCGCGACGUGCUUAGGGGAACUCCGGAGAUGGAAUUGUUGUUGGGAUCUUGUUUUGGAGGUCUAUUUCGGAUUCCCGCCCUGAGGCUUUUCGCCGGAAAAGUUGUGCACAGUAUGAUGACGCGGCAAGUUGUUACGAAAAAAAAGUACGAGAUGUGGCCCGUUUUUGGUGGAAAACCACUGCGUUUCUCUCUUGUGGAGUUCGGUGAGGUUACGGGAUUGCCCUGUGGCGAGUUCGAAGAUGGCUACAGCUUUGAUUACCAACUCCAGGCGAAGGACGAUAAUUAUGAGUUCUGGGGGAGGUUAAUUGGAAGGAACCGCAACGCGACUGUGGAGGAUCUCAUGGCGAUGGUGGAAAGCGACCCGCAGAUGUCUGGGGAGAAGAAACUGAAGCUCUGUUUGAUAGUUAUUGUUGAUGGUGUGUUGGUGGCGACCUUGCAGAAACCAAAGCCAACUCUAAAAUAUGUCAAGUUGCUGGAAAACCUUGAUGAGUUUUUUGACUUCCCAUGGGGGAGGGAGUCAUUUAUGUGGACGCUUAGUACUCUGAAGCCGCCCCCGAAGGUGUUCGGUAAGCUUGAAGACCCCCUAGGUGUUUUUUGCCAAAAACUAAGGCAGCAGACAGUGAAAACUGUAGGCUUCCCUUUGGCAUUGCAAUUGGUAGCAUUCCGAUGCGUUCCUCGUUUGGCGUCGUUUGUCGGAGGCGACGAUUCCGUAACUAUUAUGGACUACCCAGAGAAAGCAAUGCCUCUACAUGCCGGUCUUAGUGUGGCGCAUAUUAGGAAAGCUGAGCAUGACCCUUUGUUGAUAGUAGAGCCAAUGUUGGAGAUUAGCGGGGAUCAUGACGAUAGGUGGGGAUUAUGGGAUGACGAGACUUACGACAAGAAGGUGGAUUACAUGGUUCAGUUGUUGAAGAAUGGUCAUAUUUUUGUGAAGGAAAACUGGUUAGGUGGUGAUGCCCUCGACCCCUUGUUUGUUUAUGAGGAAAAACCCAAAACCCCGAAGAGGAAGAAAAACUUGGCAGCUGAGCCGGAGCCAAUACGAAAACAACGUAUAGUGUUGAUUGCAAAUAACAUAAGUCAAGCAGUGAAACGUCUUCAACAAAAGCAACUCAGGCAAUCCAAAAAGCAAUAUCCAAAAAUACAACCCAAUUAUAGGGGAAAAAGUGCUUGA